AUGGCUGUCCGAGCACAGUUUGAAAACUCCAACGAAGUCGGUGUCUUUGCGAACCUCACCAACUCUUACUGCCUCGUUGCCAUUGGCGCAUCCGAAAACUUCUACUCCAUCUUCGAAUCUGAACUGGCAGACCUCAUCCCGAUCGCCCAUUGCACCAUUGCAGGCACUCGAAUCGUCGGUCGCCUGACCUCUGGCAACAAAAAUGGCCUCCUUGUGCCCACCUCGACAACUGACCAAGAGCUGCAACACCUGCGGAAUACAUUACCAGAUACCGUGAAGAUAGAAAGGAUAGAGGAGAGAUUGUCAGCGCUAGGCAAUGUCGUGGCCGCGAAUGACCAUGUCGCCCUCGUCCACCCCGACAUCGAACGAGAAACCGAGGAAAUCAUCGCAGACGUCCUCGGCGUCGAAGUCUUCAGACAGACCAUCGCCGGCAACGUCCUGACCGGGUCCUACAUGGCCCUCUCGAAUCAAGGCGGAAUCGUCCACCCCAAGACAUCUAUCCAGGAUCAAGACGAACUGAGCUCCCUAUUACAAGUGCCGCUCGUUGCAGGUAGUGUCAAUCGAGGCAGCUCGGUCGUAGGUGCUGGCAUGGUCGUCAACGACUGGCUUGCAGUUACGGGCAUGGACACAACAGCCACGGAAUUGAGUGUCAUUGAAAGCGUCUUCAGACUCGGCGAAGGUGGUCCCGGUGGCCUGGAUGCAAGAAUGAACGCGAACAAGGAGAGCAUCGUCGAGAGUUUCUACUAA